AUGGGUUCAGGCGUAAUUGUAAGCCAUUCAGUCAGCCAGCCUAUCGUUCCGCCAACAACUGUGCUUACCAAGGGGACAGUGAAGGAGACGGGAGGGAAGUUCACCGCAGCUCCAGUGACUCUGUUUGUUUUCGAGGAAGGGCAGGCCAUGUAUGGGUGUGGAGCGCAACUGGCCUUCCAGGUCAACUUCACCGUCGCAAUCUUGCCCCGAUCAGGCCCCACGGGCAGCGGAGGCUUUGCCUUUGUCAUCUCGUCAACAGACCAACUUGGAAGCGGAUCCGGUGUGGGGUAUAGUGGAAUGGACAGCCACAGCAUAGCAGUUGAAUUCGACACUCAACAAGACAAGCAGCAGGGGGACAUGCUCAACCAGCACGUGGGGCUGAACAUUCAAGGCCAGGAAAGGUCGCUAGCUGCUGUGAAGGCGCCAUUUCCUCUUAACAACAAGAAGCCAUACACGGCAUGGGUGGACUAUGAGCCUGGGGAGCCCGGCACCAUCCAGGUGUUCCUGGCUGCUUCGGAGGUGAAGCCAGUGGAGCCGCUGCUGGAGAGGAGGGUGGCGCUGUGUGAGGUGCUGCAGGCUGGAGCGGAGCAGCAGGCGUUCUUCUUUGGCUUUGUAGCGUCCACUGCAAAGCCAUUCCAGAUGCAACUUAUCCUCAGAUCAGCACUGCACACAGGUCUUCCUGCUGUACACAAUCCAGUGGGCAUCAUUCCACCGUCAUAUGCGCCAGUGGGAGCCAGUCCCUUCAUGCGCUACAUGAGUGUGGACUACCAAGAUGCGAGUUGGGCAUAUGCGGUGGUGGCGAGUGUGGAGGCGGCAUACGGCAUUGCACUGAACCAGGAGGCUCCACAGCUUCAAAGCUCCAAUGUUCCACCUUAUUGGAUCAUCCGCAACUCGUGGGGAGUGGAGUGGGGCGACAGGGGCCACAUGCGCAUGGACAUUCAGGGAGGGGAUGGCGUGUGUGGCAUCAACGUGCUGCCUGGCAUCUACCCUAUUGUCAAGAUUGACAUGUGCGGUUCUUAUCCUAUGAACCCCUGCGCUGUGGGCACAUGCGUGAAUGAUGGCAAGGGCGCCUACUCCUGCAUCUGCCCUCCCAACUACAUAGAGAGCAGGACCAUUUACAACUCCUCCACCUGUGAUCCUGGACACUCUCUGUGCCUCGAGCGCAACGCCACCUUCGCCUUCACAUCCCCUAAGUGCUUGCAGUACGGCAUGCUCAUAGCACAGGACACGUGUGAGGGCCUGCUGCAGCAGGCCUUGGAGUCUAGUGAGGAGGAACCUGAGGGGCCGGUAGCAGUGACUGCAGACAGCUGGAUUGAGCUCUACCGCAACAAUCCCGGCCUCAUCUGUCCCCGCACCUCUCCUGCGUCCAGCGCCACUGUUGCCAGUGUGAACAGCGUGCAGGUGAGGUUUGACAUUGUGUCUUAG